AUGUCUUACGACGGUAUCAAAAGCGAAAGCUUCCCCCAGCAGGGUGCUGAUGGCAGGACCACCCUCUGGAUGGGUGAUCUCGAGCCCUGGAUCAAUGAGAAUUUCAUCCGCAACCUCUGGUCCCAGAUGGGCGAGCAGGUCAACGUCAACAUGAUCCUUGACACUUCAUCUGGAAGCAAUGCUGGAUACUGCUUCGUUGAAUUCACUUCCCCUGCCGCCGCUACCAAGGCCCUUUCUUUGAACGGCACCCCCAUGCCCUUCACCAACCGUGUCUUCAAGCUCAACCGGGCUCAGGGCGACUCCGAGUACUCCAUCUUCGUUGGUAAUCUUGGCCCUGAGGUUACCGAAUUCGCCCUCGUCUCUCUCUUCUAUAGCCGCUUCCCCUCUUUCAAGUCCGCCAAGAUCAUGACCGACCCCAUCACCGGCCGGUCUCUUUGCUACGGCUUCGUCCGUUUCUCCCAUGAGAGCGACCAGCAGCGUGCUCUUACGGAGAUGCAGGGUGUCCACUGCCGUACCCGCCCCAUGCGCAUCUCCAUCGCUACUCCCAGGAAGAGGGGUCCCGGUGUUGCCGACAACGCUGGUCCUGGUAUGGAUAUGCCCGGCCCCGCUGGCAUGUACCCUCCCAUGGCCGGCCCUCCCAUACUCUUCCCCGGUGUUCCCCAGCCUAUGAACCAGUUCACUGACCCCAACAACACCACUGUCUUUGUUGGUGGCCUGUCCGGCUACGUCACCGAGGAUGAGCUCCGCUCUUCCUUUCAGGGCUUCGGAGAAAUCACCCACGUCAAUAUUCUCCCUGGAAGGGGCUGCGGUUUCGUUCACUUCGUUCAGCGCCGCGCCGCCGAGAUGGCCAUCAACCAGAUGCAGGGCUACCCCAUCGGUAACUCCCCUGGCUCCAGCUCUAUCUAG